AGAGGACCCUCCAAACGUGGGAAACCAGUCUCUCGGCAGCUCUCGACCGCGGUGGAUCAAGUCCCGAACUGUGUAUGUGCAGCUCCCCUGUGAGGAAUAACUACGAAAUUAAAAACUCUUGGCAACAAGAAGAUCACAAGAAGGCACGAGUGAAUGUUUGAAGAGAUACCUCCGGAGUCCGAAGACAUCUGGGCAAGGCAGGACAAGGGAGGAAAAAAACAACUUAUCUGAGAACACGUAUUCUAGCCGGUGUUUGAAUGAACUUAGUGAAUAGGUCGCGAAUAGCUCACUUGUUUUGAACUUAAGUGCACUUCGAGAGAAGAUGGCCCCAACGGCUACCAGUAGUGACUGGCUGGGACUGUUCGACGAUAAACAACCCUUGGUCUUCUUCGUCAACGGAAAGAAGGUUGUCGAACCUAAUCCGGACCCGGUAUGUACCCUGUUGGUAUAUCUACGCGAUAAACUCCGGCUGUGUGGAACCAAGCUGGGCUGUGCCGAGGGAGGAUGCGGUGCCUGUACGGUAAUGGUGUCCCGAAUCGAUCGCACCACCAAUCGGAUUCACAAUCUGGCUGCCAACGCGUGCCUUACCCCGGUGUGCGCCGUCCAUGGAAUGGCUGUAACCACCGUCGAAGGAAUUGGAAGCACCCGCACUCGGCUCCAUCCGGUACAGGAACGCCUAGCAAAAGCGCACGGAUCGCAGUGUGGAUUCUGUACUCCGGGAAUCGUCAUGUCCAUGUACGCUUUGCUGAGGAGUUCGCCCGUACCGUCGAUGAAGGAACUGGAAGUGGCCUUCCAGGGAAACCUCUGCCGAUGCACCGGGUACAGGCCGAUCAUCGAAGGUUACAAGACUUUUACACAGGAGUUCGGAUCUACCCAGAAUGGGGUCUGUGCCUUGGGUGACAAGUGUUGCAAGAAUAAUUCCAACGGAGGCUGCGGUGUAGAAGUCGAUGACAAGCUGUUCGAUGCCAGUGAAUUUGCGCCUUUUGAUCCAUCCCAAGAACCAAUUUUCCCUCCUGAACUAAAACUGUCCAAUUCGUUGGAUGCCAAUUCACUGGUUUUUCAAUCAGGCACCACCAGUUGGUACCGACCUUCCAAGCUGGAACAUUUGCUGCUCAUCAAGAAGCGUUAUCCCACAGCGAAGAUCAUAGUCGGAAACACAGAAGUGGGCGUUGAAAUGAAGUUCAAGAACAUGGAAUAUCCGGUACUGGCUUAUCCGACCCAGAUCAAAGAGCUUAGUGGAGUGGAGAAGCUGGAGCGAGGAUUGAAGGUCGGCUCGUCGGUAACUUUGGUGGAGAUGGAACGGGUGUUGAGGGAAGAAAUUGAUUCCCUGCCGGAAUGUGAAACCAGACUGUACAGAGCAAUCGUAGAUAUGCUACAUUGGUUUGCUGGAAAGCAAAUCCGAAACAUGGCUUCCGUGGGGGGAAAUAUCAUGACCGGUAGCCCUAUUUCGGAUUUGAAUCCAAUUUUUACAGCAGCUGGCAUUCAAUUGGAAGUGGCCAGCAUCGAUGGAGGAGUUCGGAAGGUCAACAUGGGGGAUGGGUUCUUCACUGGAUAUCGCAGAAACAUCAUUCGUCCUGAGGAGAUACUUGUUUCGAUUUUCAUUCCAAAAACGAAUUUGGAUCAGCAUUUUGUAGCCUACAAACAAGCUAAACGUCGUGAUGACGAUAUAGCUAUCGUGAAUGGUGCGUUCAAUGUAACCUUCAAACCGGGAACUGACAUCGUAGAACAGGCCCAUCUAUCAUUUGGUGGAAUGGCUCCUACUACCGUACUGGCCAAGAAAACAGGAGAAGCGCUGGUUGGCAAGAAAUGGAACCAUAAGCUGGUCGAAUUGGCAAAUGACAUGAUGGUUGAGGAACUUCCUCUGAGUCCCAGUGCUCCAGGAGGAAUGAUCCUCUACCGAAGAUCCCUAACACUAAGUUUGUUCUUUAAGGCAUACUUGUCUAUCAGCGAUGUGCUCUCACGAACGGUUGCCAACCAUGAACCCGUGGAAGAUCGAGAACGAAGUGGUGCCGAAACAUUCCACACUUUGAUUCCCAAAAGUGCCCAGCUUUUCGAAAAGGUCUCCACUGAUCAACCCACUACAGAUCCGAUCCGUAGACCAAAGGUUCACGCUUCUGCAUUCAAGCAAGUUACCGGUGAAGCAAUUUACUGCGACGAUAUACCCAAGUUCAGUAAUGAGCUCUACCUCACUCUGGUGACCAGCACUAAAGCACACGCGAAGAUCCUUUCGAUUGAUCCUGCAGAGGCUUUGGCGAUGGAAGGAGUUCAUCGAUUCUUUACUGCAGCGGAUCUUACCGAUGAGCAAAAUGCCUGUGGACCUGUGUUCCAUGACGAGUUUGUAUUCUGGAAAGAUCUUGUUACCAGUCAGGGUCAGAUCAUCGGAGCUAUCGUAGCAGAUAAUCAGACCAUUUCUCAGAAGGCAGCUCGCAAGGUAAAGAUAACCUAUGAGGAGCUCAGUCCGAUUAUUGUGACGCUGGAAGACGCUAUCAAAAAGGAGUCAUUCUAUCCGGGUUAUCCGAAGAGUAUCGUUCAAGGAGAUAUCGAGAUUGGCUUCCAACAAGCCAAGUAUAUCGUCGAAGGAGAUUGCAGGAUGGGCGGACAAGAGCAUUUCUACUUGGAGACGCAGGCAUGUCUUGUUGUUCCGAAGGAUUCGGAUGAGAUUGAGGUGUUCACCUCUUCGCAGCAUCCGAGCGAGAUUCAGUUGCAUGUAGCUCAUGCUUUGGGAAUCCCUUCGUGCAAGGUGGUAUCCCGUGUUAAGAGAUUGGGUGGCGGUUUUGGAGGAAAGGAAUCCCGUGCAGCUUUGGUAGCCAUUCCGGUGGCUCUGGCAGCUUACAAACUUCGACGUCCGGUGCGAUGUAUGUUGGAUCGCGAUGAGGAUAUGCAGAUCACGGGAACUCGGCAUCCGUUUCACUUCACCUACAAGGCGGGCGUCGAUGAAAAUGGAAAGGUCGUGGCAGCUGACUUCAAGGCAUAUAAUAACGCCGGUUAUUCAAUGGAUUUAUCGUUCUCGAUUCUCGAAAGAGCAAUGUUCCACAUCCAGAAUGCCUAUAAGAUCCCGAAUUUGCGAGUUCAAGGAUGGGUUUGUAAGACCAAUCUUCCAUCAAACACAGCAUUCCGAGGUUUUGGAGGACCUCAAGGAAUGCUGGCUGGGGAAACGAUGAUGAGACAUGUUGCACGGGUACUCAAGCGAGACUACGUUGAGUUGGCCGAACUGAACAUGUAUCAGGAAGGCGAUAAGACACACUACAAUGAACUGAUUGAAAACUGCAAUGUUCGAAGAUGCUGGCAAGAGAUGAUCGCGUCAUCCGAUUUCAAGGAUCGACGAUCAAAGGUUGAAGAGUUUAAUGCACAGCAUCGUUGGCGUAAGCGCGGUAUCAGUGUAGUGCCUACGAUGUUUGGAAUCGCCUUUACGGCAGUACACCUGAAUCAAUCGGGAGCAUUGAUCCAUAUCUAUCAAGAUGGUGCUAUUUUGUUGUCUCAUGGCGGAACUGAGAUGGGUCAAGGAUUGCACACCAAAAUGAUUCAAGUGGCGGCUACUACGUUGAAGGUACCAUUUGAGACUAUUCAUAUUUCUGAGACAUCUACAGAUAAGGUGCCCAAUACUCCUGCUACGGCCGCUAGUGCUGGAUCCGAUCUGAACGGAAUGGCUGUCAUGAACGCCUGUAAGAUCAUCAACGAGCGACUAGAACCAUACAAGAAGCAAUACCCAGACAAAGACUGGAAAUUCUGGGUUAGCAAGGCUUAUUUUGAUCGAGUAUCCCUGUCGGCUACCGGAUUCUAUGCGACUCCGAAUAUUGGCUAUGACUUCGCCACCAAUUCCGGUAACCCUUUCAACUACUUCACAUUUGGUGCCGCGUGUUCUGAAGUGGAAAUUGACUGCCUCACUGGUGAUCAUCAAGUGAUUCGAACGGAUAUUGCAAUGGAUCUUGGAUCCAGCAUCAACCCAGCGAUCGAUAUUGGACAAAUCGAGGGAGGUUUCAUGCAGGGAUAUGGACUAUUUACACUAGAAGAGAUGGUGUAUUCGCCAACCGGAACGACCUAUUCCCGAGGCCCUGGAGUGUAUAAAAUUCCUGGAUUUGCUGAUAUUCCUGGAGAGUUUAACGUUUCGCUACUAACGGGGGCUCCCAACCCAAGAGCUGUAUAUUCAUCGAAGGCCGUAGGAGAACCUCCGCUAUUCCUGGCUUCAUCGACGUUCUUUGCCAUCCGAAACGCCAUCAGCGCAGCCCGUGCAGAGGAGAACUUGAAUGAUGAGUUCAAUCUGGUUUCACCCGCAACCUCGUCCCGAAUCCGAAUGGCGUGUCAGGAUAAGUUUACAAAAAAGUUUGUUGAAGCAACGACUGGCUCCUUUGUACCAUGGAACAUUAUGCCCUGAUAUUACUACUACCACUACUGCUUCUGCUUAUUAGAAUACUUUGCUUAAUGAGAUUAUUUGUAUAUUAUGAAUGAUUACAUUUUAAUACAGAUUUUA